AUGACGAAGAUGCAUGGUGUCACACAUUAGUCGUCAUGGCCAUGAAUUCGGAUGCCUUUGACGCGAAGACAACCUGCUCUAAGCUAUCAUUGACAACCUGGUACACUUGCGGUGACAAAUACAACUACAGUCUCCUACAGCAAGCUCUAUCUUUUGUUGUCGACAGUACUACAUCAACUUAUGCUAGAAUCAAUAAUUGUUGUUGAAAUCACACCUUCGAGUCAACAGUCGGAACAUUCUUAGUGGUCGAGUGUUUCGAAGUUAGCUUUAGCCGGAAUACCGUCAACCGCCCUCCAAGUGUUGAUUCCACCUUAUGUUAUACGCAGUGCUCAUGCGUCAAUAUGCCUCUCCUCAGUGGUAUCAUCUUUGUUCUCGCUCUUUUCCUGAGCUGUCUUGAUUCAUUUGAUGCCUUUGCCAGUGGUACUCAGGCAGAAUUUAAAAUCACUCCUUACAGAAGCUCACCUCUGCAGGACAUUGUUACCUGGGAUGAGCACUCCAUCUUCAUCCGUGGCGAGAGAGUGGUCUUCUUCAGCGGAGAAUUUCAUCCAUUCAGACUUCCAGUACCGAGCUUAUGGCUUGACAUAUUCCAAAAGAUACGCUCUGCAGGCUUCACGGGUGUUUCCUUCUACGUCGAUUGGGCGUUAUUAGAAGGUAAACCAGGCAACUACUCAGCAGAAGGUGUCUUUGCCCUUGAACCAUUCUUUGAAGCUGCCAAGGCCGCAGGGCUAUAUCUCUUGGCGCGUCCUGGUCCAUACAUAAAUGCUGAGGUUUCUGGUGGAGGAUUUCCUGGGUGGCUUCAGCGAAUUGAAGGCACCCUCCGAACUAAUGCGAGCGAUUAUCUUGCGGCAACGGAGAAUUAUAUGACCUCGGUCAUUCAGACCAUAGCCGGAGCACAGAUCACAAAUGGAGGCCCGAUAAUUCUUGUUCAGCCCGAGAACGAAUAUAGCCAAGCUAUUUCUGGCGUAUCUUUUCCCAAUGCAGCAUAUAUGAGCUACGUUGAAAACCAAUUCCGCAAAAAUGGGAUUGUUGUUCCGUUGAUCAGCAAUGAUGCUUCCCCGCACGGAUACAAUGCACCUAGUCAACCGGCACCAGUAGAUAUUUAUGGUCAUGAUGGUUAUCCUGUUGGCUUUGACUGCAGCAAUCCUGAAGCUUGGAAAGGACUUAGCACGAAUUGGCGCACACUGCAUCUGCAACAAAGUCCAACGACCCCAUAUUCCAUCAUUGAGUUCCAAGGAGGUGCUUUCGACCCAUGGGGCGGUGUAGGUUUCGACAAGUGCCUUUCACUUGUGAAUACAGAAUUUGAGAGGGUAUACUACAAGAACAACUACGGUUUUGGCGUUUCCAUCUACAACCUCUACAUGGUAUUUGGAGGUACCAACUGGGGCAACCUCGGGCACCCUGGUGGAUACACCUCGUACGAUUAUGGUGCUGCAAUCGCUGAAGACGGAAGUAUCACUCGGGAGAAAUACAGUGAACUAAAAUUGCAAGCCAACUUCAUCGUCGCAUCUACAGAUUACUUGACCGCAGUCCCAGAUACGCCGAGCACUACGCUAUAUACCACUUCUUCUGACCUCUACGUUACGCCGCUGAAGAGCAAUCAGACCCAGUUUUAUGUUAUUCGGCACAACGUAUUUAAUUCAACCAGUACGACAACGUACAAGUUAACGCUCAAUAGCGCUAGCCUUGGCAACAUCACAGUUCCUCAACUCGACGGUAGUCUUUCUCUUAAUGGACGGGACUCCAAGAUUCACGUUUCGGAUUAUGAUCUUGGCGGAACGAAGUUAUUAUACUCGACGGCCGAGAUCUUCACAUGGCAGAAGUAUGACGGCGGUGCUGUGCUUGUGGUUUACGGUGGCCCUGGUGAACAACAUGAGUUAGCCGUUACACGAAAUGCCGCAAGCGGACCGGUGAUCUCUUCUUCAGCGGCAUUACGGAUUCAGGUUACAUCAACAUCAGUGAUUGUGAACUGGAAAACCACAUCAACAGAUCAAUAUGUCCAGGUCGGUGAUCUACGAAUCUAUGCUGUCGACCGCAAUUCAGCAUACAAUUUCUGGGUAGUACCCAUCCCCGGACCUGAAGGCGAUCUGUAUACAAAAACAGAGAAAUCAAACUUGAUUGUCAAAGCUGGAUAUCUUGUCCGUAGGGCAUCGAUAAAUCAAGGACAACUCGAAAUUCAAGGAGAUCUCAACGCCACCACUUCUCUAACCAUAUUUGGUGGCGCACCUACACGUUUAACUGGCUUAUCUUUCAAUGGAGCUCCGGUAGAUUUUGCCAAGCACUCGAAUGGCACCAUAUCAGCUCACCUCGCAUAUACAUCGCCACAACUCAACCUUCCUGCCCUCAAAGACUUAGAGUGGUACUAUAUUGACUCCCUUCCUGAGACUCGCGGAAGCUACAAUGAUAGUCUUUGGGCAUCGGCAACGCUUCCAUCAACUAACAACACCAAUCGCCCGCUUACCACGCCGACCAGUCUUUACGCUAGCGACUAUGGCUAUCACGCGGGGGUCGUGCUCUACCGCGGCAAUUUCAUAGCCACGGGCAAUGAGACUACGGUCCGCUUUCUAACCCAAGGCGGAACCGCUUAUGGUUCUUCUGCAUUUAUUGACAGUUUCUUUCUCGGAAGCACGAACGGCAGCAAAUCCGCGGCAUCAUCUAAUGCGACAUUUUCUUUACCACAACUGAGACCUAAUGAAACGCAUGUCUUCACGGUUGUGGUUGACAACUUGGGCCUUGACGAAGAAUGGACAGUUGGUAGUAAUACUAUGAAAGCGCCACGUGGUCUCCUCGACUAUGAUCUGGCUGGGCACUCUCAAAGUGAUGUUAAAUGGAAGCUCACGGGCAAUCUAGGUGGAGAGGACUAUGCUGAUCAUGCAAGGGGCCCUUUAAACGAAGGAGGAUUGUGGGCAGAGAGACAAGGCUACCAUCUUCCAAAUCCUCCGGUUGAUGCGUGGCAAAAAGGGCUCAGUCCAGUCGAUGGAAUAAAAGCCGCUGGGGUCGGGUUCUUCACGACCUCUUUCAGUUUGGACAUUCCAAAAGACUACGACAUCCCAUUAUCUAUUCGUCUGUCAAAUGGAAAUUCGACUUCGGCUGUUCGCGUUCAACUGUACGUGAACGGGUGGCAAUAUGGCAAGUACGUGUCGAACAUUGGUCCACAGAAGGUCUUCCCUGUCCCUGAGGGCAUUUGGGACUAUCAUGGACAGAAUUGGCUUACUGUCAGCAUGUGGGGACUGAAUGGGGAAGGCGGCAAGCUGGAAAAUAUCGAGCUUGUUGCUGGUGAGGCGAUUGCAACAGGACGCGGCGACGUCAAUCUAUCUCCUUCCACUACUUGGACCAAGCGGGAAACGGCAUACUAGUGUUUCAGAUGAGUAAAAAUGCGUUUCUACAUCCCAGAAGUCGUCGUGUGGCGAGACUACCGGGACACAGUAGAGAUACGUCUGGCGUUAUUGACUAUGAUAACUUAGUCACAGCUCGCAUAGUACUAAGCGCUGUAAAUAAGUUAUUAUUGCAUAUUUGUCUCCCAGUCAAUAAUAUCAUUAUGUUACACAGGUGGUCUGUCUUUGCACGCAACGCGAAGAUUCAGGUAUAAGCCGUGAUGAAUCGUGCGAUGCCCACGAAAUAGCUUGAAAGUCUAUCAGAAGGACGUAUCUUACCUUUAUUAGCUGCGAGCAAAAUCAAUCCAGUCAUACAAGUGUGACCAAAAUGUGAAAUGUCCAGAUUCAUUUGUUUAUCUCUGUAAGUGGUUUGUUAUCUUACCACUCGAGAAGGUUGUUAAUCACGGGC